UCGCACUCUGAGCCACGCCGUGGCGCAACUGCGACCGAGCAUUGCUGAAUGUGAUCCUCGCGAUCGCAGCCAUUGGUGGGAACCGCGUCACAUGAGCAGAAAUGUGUAAACACGAACACCGGAUCCCUACUCUGUAACGAGAAAAACCAGCUGGAGCCGUCCGCGCUGCCUAUUGGCUGAGUCUCCGGCUGUCCUGUCACCGCAGCCCUCACUGACAGGCCGGCGGCCGGCUGAACUGAUGCCAUUCCGACCAUGGAGAUCACGGAGAAAGGAGGCAGGAGUAACCCGCUGGCGACUGCCAACCCCAUUUCAAGGCUGUUUCUCUGCUGGUUGACCCCGCUGCUGCACGUGGGCCACAAACAGCGACUCAACCAGAAUGACAUGUACAGCGUUCUUCCAGAGGAUCGCUCAGAACGCCUCGGAGAGGAGCUGCAAAGAGUUUGGGCCCAUGAAGAAAGAAGAGCUGCAAAGGAACUGCGGGAUCCAAAACUGUCCAGGGUUCUCAUAAAGGCGUAUGGAAAAUCCUAUGCACUGGCUGGGGUGUAUGUAUUUUCCCUGGAAGCCAUCAAAGUUGUCCAGCCUCUUCUUUUGGGCAAAAUAAUCGAGUUCUUUGAGAACUACCGGCAGGAAGACACUGCUAGUCUUUACAUGGCGUACGGUUAUGCUGCCGCCAUGUCCGUCUCCACCUUUGGCCUGACGAUCCUCCAACAUCUUUACUACUAUCAAGUGAUCAGAAUUGGCAUGAGGAUCCGGGUGGCCAUGUGUCAUAUGAUCUACAAGAAGGCUCUACGUCUCAGCAGUGAGGCUAUGGGACAAACGACCACCGGGCAAAUAGUGAACCUUCUGUCGAAUGAUGUAAAUCGUUUCGAUGAGAUCAUACUGAAUCUGCACUACCUGUGGGUCGGACCGCUGCAAGCUUUGGUCAUCAUCGUUUUCCUCUGGAAGGAAAUCGGCCCUUCGUGUCUGACUGGUGUGGCUGUUAUUGCCCUCAUGAUGCCCGUGCAGACGUGGUUUGGAAAACUGUUUGGCAUCUUCAGGAGCAAAACGGCUGUCCUGACUGACAGCAGAAUCCGUAUCAUGAGCGAAGUGGUGUCUGGCAUCAGGAUAAUCAAGAUGUACGCCUGGGAGAAACCACUUUCAGCCCUGAUCACCGAGGUCCGUGGGAAAGAAAUCCACCAGAUAAUGAAGAGCUCCUACCUACGAGGUCUCAACAUGGCUUCCUUCUUCGCCAGCAGCAAGAUCACUGUUUUUGUCACCUUCACUGUCUACGCUCUGCUGGGAAACACUAUCACAGCCAGCAGUGUGUUUGUCACCGUGUCCCUUUAUGGUACUAUUAAGCUCACGGUCACUCUGUUCUUCCCUCUCGCCAUUGAAAAGUUGUCGGAGACAGUUGUCAGCAUUCAUAGGAUUAAGAAUUUCCUCAUGUUAGAAGAAGUUGAGAGGAAAACCUUUGGACUGCAGCUGGAGGAAAUGAAGGAAAAGUCUAUAGAGAUUGAGAAACUGACCUGCUACUGGGAUAAGAGUUUGGACUCGCCGUCUCUGCAGAAUAUUUCUGUCGCUGUAAAAGCAAAUCAACUUUUGGCUGUAAUUGGGCCUGUUGGGGCUGGAAAGUCAUCCCUGCUGAGUGCCAUCCUGGGAGAGCUGCCACAUGACACGGGCGAGCUGUCCGUCAAAGGGCAGCUGACUUAUGCAUCCCAGCAGCCCUGGGUGUUCCCUGGAACCAUCCGCAGCAACAUCCUGUUUGGGCGAGAGAUGAAUCGUAAGAAGUAUGAGAGAGUCCUCAGAGCCUGUGCUCUGAAGAAGGACCUGGAACUUCUCCCUGAUGGAGAUCUGACACUGAUUGGGGAUAGAGGAGCAACGCUGAGCGGAGGACAGAAAGCUCGUAUAAACCUGGCGAGGGCUGUGUAUCAGGAUGCAGACAUUUAUCUCCUAGACGAUCCUCUGAGUGCUGUGGAUGCAGAAGUUGGGAAGCAUCUUUUCGAACAGUGCAUCUGCGGGCUGCUGAAGAACAAAUGCCGUGUCCUGGUUACGCACCAGCUGCAGUACCUGAAGGCAGCAGACAAGAUUUUGGUCCUCAGGGAGGGGCACGUCAUGGGCCAGGGGACCUACAGUGAGCUGCAAACCUCUGACCUGGACGUGGUGUCUCUGCUGACCAAGGAUGUAGAGCCGUCUCGCUCAGCAGAAUCUGAUAAAGUGUCUUUAUACAGUCAAAGGACCAAUUUCUCCCAUGGUUCCCACUGCUCUCACAGCAGCCUCCUGCCAUCUGACAGUACCUGCUCAGAUCAGCUUCCUGUCGAGGCAGCUUGCACCCUCGCUGAAGAGAGUCGAGCCGAAGGAAACGUCGACAGCCACAUUUAUCUGAAGUACUUCACAGCAGGCAGCAACGCCCUGGUCCUGCUGCUCAUUGUCCUGAUCAGUAUCGUAGCAGAGGUGGCAUAUAUCCUGCAGGACUGGUGGCUGGUUUACUGGGCAAGAGCCGAGGUUUCCAACAGCACAGCUGCUGUCGUCAACAUCAAGAAUGGCAUCAACGCCACCCCCACCGAUGGAGAGUUUGAUCUCAGCUUUUACCUCAGCAUUUAUUCAGGUCUCACGGUGGCGGCGGUGAUCUUUGGUUUUGUCCGGAGCUUACUGAUCUUCCACGGCUUGGUGAAAUCAGCCCAGACUCUUCACAACAACAUGUUCAAUGCUGUCCUCCGCACCCACGUUCACUUCUUUGACGUCAAUCCCAUUGGAAGAAUUCUCAAUAGAUUUUCUAAAGACAUCGGCCAGAUGGACUCCAUGCUGCCUAUAACGUUUGUGGACUUCUACCAGUUAUUUUUACAGAACGUGGGAGUCGUGGCAGUGGCCGCCUCCGUCAUCCCCCUCAUCCUCAUCCCAGUGGUCCCCCUGCUGCUGUUCUUCUUGUACCUGAGGCGCUACUACCUCCACACGUCUCGGGACAUCAAGCGGCUCGAGUCAACAACUCGCAGUCCCGUCUUCUCCCUCCUGUCGUCGUCUCUCCAGGGUCUGUGGACGAUCCGAGCCUUCAGGGCCGAGGAGAAGUUAAAGAGAACCUUUGAUUCCUGCCAGGACAGGCAUACAGAGGCCUGGUUUCUAUUUCUGAUGACCUCUCGGUGGUUUGCCCUGCGCCUCGAUAGCAUUUGUUCCACAUUCAUCACCUUCACGGCAUUCGGCUGCAUCAUAUUCAGAGAUGGUCUGGAGGCUGGGCAGGUGGGCCUGGUGCUGACCUAUGCCGUGACACUGGUGGGAAACUUCCAGUGGACUGUGAGACAAAGUGCCGAGGUGGAGAAUAUGAUGACUUCGGUUGAGAGAGUGGUGGAGUACACGGAGCUGGAGAGCGAAGCCGCCUGGGAAACGGAGAAUCGCCCUCCUCCUGACUGGCCGAGCCGAGGGACGGUGAUCUUUGACAGCGUGAACUUCUCGUACACGGGAGACGGACCACUGGUCCUGAAAGACAUCAGUGCUACCAUUCAGCCGAGUGAAAAGGUGGGGAUCGUUGGGAGAACGGGAGCUGGGAAAAGCUCUCUGAUCUCAGCUCUGUUCCGCCUGGCAGAACCUCAGGGAAAGAUCUACAUCGAUGGCGUUUUAACCUCUGAGAUUGGCCUCCAUGACCUGCGCCAGAAGAUGUCCAUCAUUCCUCAGGACCCAGUGUUGUUUACAGAAACGGUGAGGAAGAACCUGGAUCCCUUCAACCAGCACACUGACGAAGAACUGUGGGAAGCCCUGGAAGAGGUGCAGCUGAAGCCUGUGGUGGAGGAUUUACCGGGGAAGCUGGAGACGGUCCUGGCAGAGUCCGGCUCCAACUUCAGCGUGGGUCAGAGGCAGCUGGUGUGCCUCGCCAGAGCCAUCCUGAGGAGGAACCGCAUCCUCAUCAUCGACGAGGCCACAGCCAACGUGGACCCCAGGACAGACGAGCUGAUCCAGAAAACCAUACGGGACAAGUUCAGAGAAUGCACCGUCCUCACCAUCGCUCACCGCCUCAACACCAUCAUAGACAGCGACCGCAUACUGGUCCUUGACAGUGGCAGCAUCCAGGAGUUGGACCGACCCUUUACUCUGCUCCAGAACCAAGACGGUGCGCUCUACAAGUUGGUGCAACAGACGGGCGCGGCGGAGGCAGCAGCUCUGCUAGAAUCAGCGAGACAGGCUGCCCAUGAAACUGAAAGGCUCUGACAACCUGGAGCGCAUUCCUGCAGCUGAAGCUGUCAUCAUCGCACAAAUUAGAAUCGUAAUACCUCAGUGGGGCUAUAAGUAGCUACAGGUAAUGUGGAAAUGCAGGUGCAUCUCUAUUUAUUAGAAUAUGUUUGGAACUAAUUCAGGAGACACAGAGUAUUGUUUAUUUUUUUUGGUUUGGUAUCAAUGACUUCCAUCCAUCAUCUCUACCUGCUAAUUCCUGGUAGGGUGACAGGGCUGGUGCUCGUCUCCAGCAGCCGUCCCCAUAAUAGACAAUGAUGGGUAUGAAGGAAAGGCACUGAGGACGAACACGGUGCAUCCGUGGGCUGUCUGCUCUACCAUCCCUUAGUGGAACAUUUCUGAAUUAUGUAAUUCAUUUAGAAACAAAUUAGAUGCAUGAGUUGGAGCUGCAAGUAAAAUUUAGACACUUGCUGAAUAUUGCAAUGAUCCACUUAUCCGAGUCAGUCCCAUGUAGAGUUUGCAUAUAUACCACUUAAAAUAGUCAUAUUUAAUUAAUUAGAAUAUUAUUGAAAAGUUCACUAAAUGAAAACCUUUGAGGUUAGAAUAUUUCAUCAGACCAAUACUAAUCUAGAAAUGUGAGCUUAAUGAAAAGUUCAGGUUAUUAACUGACAAAUUAGUUUCAUCCUCUAAUUCACAUUCUACCACAUGCAGUAUCCAGGCAGUCGUUUGGGAUUGUAACUUUUCAGUGAUACAAUGAUUAGCAAUUUGAUAUUGUGCAGCUCCACUCUCCUACAUUUUAAUAAAAAUAAAUGUAUUCUAAUUUAUUAAGAUGCACCUAUAGAGAAAAGAAUAGGAAAACAUGAGACAUAAAUGUACCAAAGAAGGAUCAUUUGCUGACUCAGUGGAUAUCCCUGCAGUAUCCAUAUCCAGACCUCAGGAACAGAUUCAUCUGAACUUUUCAUGGAGAUUUAGUCAAAUGUCAUUGGAUGCAGCCUACGACCUCACCGCUAGCUGUCACUUAAUCUUACUCACUGGACAGAACUGUGUGUGUGUGCACGGUACCACACACUGACCAGAACCUUCCCGUCACAUUCAGCCUUAAUUUCUCCUUGUGUUUCACAAGUUUUAAUCUAAAUGUGCUUUUUAAAAGCUGACCAGUGUAAAUAGUCUAGAAUUACCAAAUUGCCAGUGUAACAGUGCUAAUCUUAUCUGUUGCCUUUUAGUUGUCAUAAUUGUCAUGUACAGUAUGUGGACGUCAAUGCCUAUUUAAAGGGGGUCAUGUGUUUAUUUACACUCCAUUUCUUUCCUACAAGGAAAGAAAAGUAAGCUGUACGAUUUUGUAUGUUUUCUCAUAAAAUUCUUAAAAAAAAA